AAUUGCAACAAGACAACACACAAAUCAAUAAUUUAUCUUCCCAGGUUUUCCACCAUCACCACCUGCGAGUCUCUCCCCAACUCUAGCGGCCUAGCCCCCUCUCUCUCUCACUCAUCACUACUGAUUACUGAGUUUGAUAGAAUUAGUUCACAAAACAACAACCCACGAAUGCUGCAUUUUGAACAAAGAAGAUCCCAUUAAAACGUUCCCAAUUCGAGCAGUAUUUUCACGUUUUGGGCCUAAAAUCAAGCACCCAAAUUGUGUGAAGAACCACCAUUAUUCAGUUUUAUUGUCUAAAUCUUAACGUUUCUGAUUUCGUCACGAAUCAUAAAUUUGAUUCAUUGACUAUCCCUUCGUGAGCAUUUAUUAGCUACCACCGUAAACAAAUAUAACAUAUCUCUGUCUCUCUCUUGUAAAACUCAGAUUUCUCUCUCCUAUCUAUGAUAUCUGAAUUCCUUCUUUUUUUUAUUUCCCCGAUUGAAUCAGCUGCAGAAUCUUGGGUUUUAACGCAUUUUUUUAAUUUUUUUUUUCUAUUUAAGAUUUUUGAUUUGUUAAACACUGCGUCAAUAUUUCAAGAAUGGAGCUACCCUAACUGGAAUAAUUUUGAGGGGUUGAAUUAAAGAUGCAAUCAAGAGUAGGGAGUUUUGGUUCACUGGAGGAUGGCAAAGAAUCUUAUGCUAGAACCACAAAUCAAUCCAGUAGGCAUUUGCCACUGAGAUUGCUUCAGUUUCUCUUGCUUUUCUUGGGAGUGGGCAUUGUGUUUUCAUGUCUCAGUUUAUAUACGAGUCGGUUUCUCAAGAUCCAGAAUGUAGUUCCUGUGGUUCAAUCAAGAAUUCAAUCCUGUUUUGAAGAACCUAGUGCUCUGGAAAAAUGGAUUAGGCCUCCAUCGAAUUUGAUUCAUACUAUGAAUGAUUCUGAGCUGUUUUGGCGCGCUUCGUUUGUACCUAGGAUUAAAGAGUACCCCUUCAAGAGAACUCCCAAGAUUGCAUUCAUGUUCUUGACAAGAGGACCUUUGCCAAUGGCGCCUUUGUGGGAUAAGUUUUUUAAGGGGAACGAAAAGCUUUAUUCGAUCUACAUUCAUUCUUUGCCAUCCUAUCAUCCAGAUUUCCCGACUUCAUCGGUUUUUUAUGGCAGACAAAUACCUAGUCAGGUUGCAGAGUGGGGAAGGAUGAGUAUGUGUGAUGGUGAAAGGCGACUUCUUGCUAAUGCAUUGCUUGAUAUUUCCAACGAGUGGUUUGUACUUCUAUCAGAAGCAUGCAUUCCUCUUCAAAACUUUAGCAUUGUGUACCGGUACAUAUCAAGAUCCCGAUUCAGUUUCAUUGGUGCAUUUGACGAAUCCGGUCCAUACGGUAGAGGCCGCUACAACGAGAAUAUGUCGCCUGAGGUCAACCUCACGGAAUGGCGUAAAGGGUCCCAAUGGUUUGAACUCAGUCGAAAACUGGCUGUUGACAUUGUUCAAGAUAGCGUUUACUACCCCAAGUUCGAGCAGUUCUGCAGGCCUGCAUGCUAUGUGGACGAGCACUAUUUUCCGACCAUGCUUAGCAUCCAAUCUCCUCAUCUCUUGGCAAAUAGAAGCCUCACCUGGGUCGACUGGUCGAGGGGCGGGGCCCAUCCUGCAACGUUCGGGAAAGCUGAUCUAAACGAGAAUUUUUUCAAGAAAAUUUCAGAAGGUAAACCGUGCAUUUAUAACAAUCAGCCGACGUCCCUUUGUUUCCUUUUUGCAAGGAAAUUUGCUCCUAGUGCUUUGGAGUAUUUAUUAGAGCAUUCAUCCAAAUAUUUGGGGUUUUGAUAAGAUUUGAAUAAUGAAUGUAGCCAUAAAUGCUGUAGAAGCUUUUAUUCUCAUAUUCAUAGUCAAAUUCCUAUAA